CGUAAAAGUUUAGUCACAUCUCAUUAUUAUUAUUUUUUUAAAGAAAAAAAAAAUCUCUCUACUCUCUGGUCUCUCCUCUUCCUCAAAUAUCAGCAAGGCGUUGUAAUUGUAACUAAAAUUUUCCCAUUUUCUUUUUGGUUGUUUAUAUAAUGUGAGGAAUUAAAAUGAUUUUCAGAGCAGAGCAGAUCAGACAUGAAAGGCGAGCAAGAUGACCACUAACGACUCAAUAUCCUCUUCUUCUUCUUCUUCUUCGUCUCUCUCUUUACCACCUUCAUGGAAAUUGCUAACCAAUUCUUCCAUUUCCACACCCACAACACUCACAAUGCUUUUCCAUUUUUAUAGAACAACCUUUCUCCGGUGACAAACCCCUCUGUUUUUGCCUUCCUCUUCUCUUUUCACCCAUUCUUCCUUGUUUCACUUCAUUUCAAUGUUGGACCUCAAUCUCUGUAUUCUCUCCGGAGAUUCCUCUUCCGGUGGAACUGGUCUACAUCCCUUCAAUCUUUCCGCUCCCGGAGUUGAGAGUCCCAUUUCAUCCUCCGUCGUCAACGCCGAUCAUUCCAACGUCAAUGGCGAUGACGACUCCUCUUCCAACGCCGAUUGUGGGUUCACCUUCUCUUUCAGCAUCCUCAACAACAGUAACGACGAUCAACGCGACCGGACGGCCCAGUUCCCUGUCGCCGGCGGGAUUACCUCCGACGUCUAUUCUCAGAGGAAAUGGCGGGAUUCUGAUUUUGCCAGAGCCACUAACGGUAUCGUGGUUCAACAAUCUGUUCAUCCGGCCAAAAAGGGUCGGCGAGGUCCCAAAUCAAGAAGCUCCCAGUAUCGUGGGGUUACGUAUUACCGAAGAACAGGGAGAUGGGAAUCGCAUAUCUGGGAUAGUGGGAAACAAGUCUAUUUGGGCGGUUUUGAAUCUGCCCAUUCUGCAGCCAGGGCUUAUGAUCGAGCUGCAAUAAAGUUUAGAGGGGUUCAUGCUGAUAUAAAUUUCAAUAUCAGCGACUACGCUGAAGACAUUAAACAGAUGAGUAAUUUUAGCAAAGAGGAGUUUGUGCAUAUUCUUCGAAGGCAGAGCACUGGGUUUUCAAGAGGGAGUUCUAAAUACAGAGGGGUUACUCUGCACAAGUGUGGGAGAUGGGAGGCUAGAAUGGGGCAGUUCUUGGGGAAGAAGUAUGUGUAUCUUGGGCUGUUUGAUAGUGAGAUAGAGGCUGCAAGAGCAUAUGAUAAGGCUGCCAUAAAAUAUAAUGGAAGGGAAGCUGUUACCAAUUUUGAUCAGAGUUCCUAUCAAAUGGAGAUUGCUUUUGAAUCUGAAAACCAAGACAUGGGUGAUAUUGACUUGAACUUGGGUAUUGCUCCUCCUUGGCCAUCUGAAGACCAAAAGGAUAACCUUAAUGGCUGUGUUCCAAAUUUCUGUAGCUUAAAUAAAUCAGAUUCUGAGAGAUCUGGGUUGAUAAUGCUUGAAAACCAUGCUUCUUUGGCUGUUAAAGCACACCCUUAUUUUAUGAGUUGUCCCAAUUUCUUUCCUACCUACCAGGGAAGAGCAAUGGAGAAGAUAAUGGAAGUUGAAUCUUUACCGAACUGGGGGUGGCGGCAGAUCCCAAUCCCCUACGGCGGAGCAACUUCAGUCCCUUUCUUCUCCACUGCAGCAUCAUCAGGAUUCCCUUCUUCUCCGGCUGCCCUUCCUCCGCCCUCUCCUCCCCAUCUUCUUUCAGUGCCGCCGUUCUUCCGCUACCUCUUUCCGGCCACCAACACCGUACCUCAUUUCUACUGCAGGACCUGAGAACCCUAACCACACCAAACUUAACUCAUUGUCAUAAUUUUUAUGUUCACUUACUGUUAGCCUUUUCUUUCCUUUAUACAUUUUGAGUGACGAAAGCAAAUCGAUCAAUUCGUGCUAUUGGUCGGUUUAAUUCUCUCUUUGAUGACAAUUUUAUUUUUAAAUU